UAUCCGGCUGCCAAUCAGCCGAGGCGGCCCCAGGCGUGCAGUAGCUGGGAAACAUAAUCAUUUGCCGUGGAGUGAUCUGACGGAGGGAGAGGGAGUGUGUGUGAGAGCUGUAGCUGGACUGUCGCCGCACUGAGCAGCACGCUUACGAAAUUUUGUGCAUGUCAGGAGCGGAUGAGGAUCCCUGUCGCCGGUCAACGGCCGCUGCCCAUCUUUCGUGUCUCUGCGCUCGUGCCUAAUUAAUCAGCGGCAUGUGGAAUUGCGCGAGGAUAACCCACUGGCUUUUCGUAGCGUGCUGCCUGCUGUUCACGACGUGGAUCAAGGUGUCCUGGGCUUCGGGCUAUUUCGAGCUGCAGCUGAUGAGCGUGGAGAAUGUAAACGGGGAGCUGUGGGACGGUGAAUGCUGCGACGGCGCGCGCAACUCGCGGGACCAGCGGUGCACGCGCGACGAGUGCGACACGUACUUUAAAGUGUGCUUAAAGGAGUACCAGAGCGAGGUGACCACCACCGGCCUGUGCAACUUCGGCAGCGGAUCUACCGGCGUGCUUGGUGGAAAUAUAUUCUCUUUUAAAAACGCGAAGAGCAGCAGCAAGAUCAGCGAUGCCGGAAAGAUCGUCAUCCCAUUCCAAUUUGCAUGGCCGCGAUCCUUUACUCUCAUUGUGGAGGCCUGGGACUGGGACAAUACCACUCAAAACAGUGAAGAGCUGCUGAUUGAGCGACAUGCUCAUACAGGUAUGGCAAACCCUGGGGACCCAUGGCAGGUCAUUGUCUAUCCUGGUGCUACAGCUCGCCUGGAGUACCGCGUGCGCGUCCGGUGCGACGAGAACUACUACGGCAUUAAGUGUAACAAGCAGUGCCGGCCUCGCGAUGACUACUUUGGGCAUUACCGGUGCGAUCCUUCCGGAAACAUCGUCUGUCUGGAAGGAUGGAUGGGACAUGACUGUCGAACUGCGAUCUGUAAGCAGGGCUGUAAUCUGAUUCACGGAGGCUGCUCAGUGCCUGGGGAAUGCACGUGUAACUAUGGCUGGCAGGGUCAGUUCUGUGACGAGUGUCUGCGCUACCCAGGCUGCAUGCAUGGGACUUGUGACAUCCCAUGGCAUUGUAACUGUGAGAAGAACUGGGGUGGACUGCUGUGUGACAAAGAUUUGAACUACUGCGGGACGCACCAUCCCUGCGUGAACGGAGGCACGUGUAUAAAUUCGGAGCCGAACGAGUACAACUGUGCCUGUCCUGAGGGAUACUCGGGCAAGAACUGCGAGAUUGCUGAGCAUGCAUGCGUGUCCAACCCAUGUGCCAAUGGUGGCACCUGCCAUGAGGUUCCAUCUGGCUUUGAGUGUCAGUGUCCUCCAGGGUGGGAGGGUCCCACCUGUGCUAAAGACAUGGACGAGUGUGCCUCCAGUCCCUGUGCUCAGGGGGGGACUUGUAUCGACCUGGAUAAUGGCUUCGAGUGUCUCUGUCCUCCGCAGUGGACUGGGAAGACCUGCAAGAUUGACGUGAAUGAGUGUAUGGGGAAGCCUUGCAAAAAUGCUUACUCUUGCAAAAAUUUGAUUGGUGGAUAUCACUGUGACUGCUUUCAAGGAUGGGCUGGACAGAACUGUGACAUCAAUGUAAAUGGCUGCCAUGGACAAUGCCAGAACGGUGCGACCUGCAAGGAAGGGGCACUGGGUGGAUACCACUGUCAGUGUCCACCAGGCUUUACAGGCACCCACUGUGAGAUCCAAAGGAACAAAUGUGACAGCAACCCCUGUCAGAAUGGUGGACGCUGUCACGUGGUGCUGGACAGCUUCGUAUGCGAAUGCAUGCCUGACUACGCUGGGAUGCUGUGCGAGGUGCAAAGCCGGAACACAAAUCUUUGUGAGCACAAUCCGUGUAAGAAUGAUGCAACCUGCCAUAGUAUGCUGGGAGAUUUUUAUUGUGCAUGCACUGAAGAUUACGAGGGGAAGACAUGUGCAGAUCGCAAGGACCACUGCAGGACUGCCCCCUGCCAAGUAAUUGACAGCUGCACAAUCACUGUGGCCAGCAACACCACAGCUGGAGUGAGGCGUAUCUCAUCCAAUGUAUGUGGGUCUCAUGGCCACUGUGUCAGUCAGCCCAGCGGCAACUUCACCUGUACCUGUGAUCCUGGCUUUACUGGCACUUAUUGCCAUGAAAACGUCAAUGACUGUGUGAGUAGCCCAUGCCAGAAUGGCGGAACCUGCAUAGACGGUGUCAACUCUUUCCAGUGCUUUUGUCCUGAUGGCUGGGAGGGCAAACUCUGCGACCUCAAUGUGAACGAGUGUAGCAGGAACCCAUGCAAGAACGGUGGCCACUGUCAAGACCUGAUCAACGACUUCUACUGUGAGUGUGCUGACGACUGGAAGGGAAAGACAUGCCACUCACGUGAAAGCCAGUGCGACUCUAGUACUUGUGCUAACGGGGGCACCUGCUAUGACCAUGGAGACACCUUCCGCUGCGCUUGUCUGCCAGGCUGGGGUGGUCGCACCUGCAACACAGCAAAGAACAGCACGUGUGCAUCAAGUCCGUGUGUCAACGGAGGAACUUGUGUGGGAGGAGGCGACACGUAUACCUGCAUCUGCAAGGAUGGAUGGGAGGGACCUACCUGUUCACAGAACACCAAUGACUGCAACCCUCACCCUUGCUAUAAUGGAGGAAUCUGCGUGGACGGCGUGAACUGGUUCCGAUGCAAGUGCGCCCCAGGAUUCGCCGGGCCUGACUGCCGCAUCAACAUUGACGAAUGCCAGUCGUCUCCCUGCGCAUACGGAUCUACGUGUGUGGACGAGAUCAAUGGCUUCCGUUGCAUAUGUCCACUCGGCCGCUCUGGACCUCGAUGCCAAGAGUUCAUAGGCAUUGGGAAGACGUGUCAUUAUACUGGCCUGCAGUUUCCUCAUGGCAGCCGCUGGGAGGAAGACUGCAACACCUGCCAGUGUAUUAAUGGCAAAGUAGAGUGUACAAAGGUGGUGUGUGGCAGACGGCCCUGCCUACUCCCAGGAGCCCCCGGGAGGGAACAUCACAUGUGUCCAGCGGGUCGCGAGUGCAUUGAGCAUGACUUCCUCACCUGCCUCUCUCCCCCGUGCCACCACUGGGGCUUCUGCUCAAGUCCUGACAUCCAGCCAACUUUUCACACCAAGUGUGAACCCAAUACAGGCUACCUGGGCAACAGCUGUGCACGAAUUACACUCAUCUUCAAUCGAGACAAGCUACCUACAGGUACGACAGUGGAGAAUGUAUGCUCGGAGCUGAGGUACCUGGCUGCUACACGGAACCUUGCCAAAGACGAUGCUCUGUUGGUUCUUUGUGAACUCUCCUACUCUAACCAAGAUGCAGUAGAAGUAGCCAUGUCCUUCCAGCAGGAUGAGCAGCCUGACCACAGUCGGAUCCAGGAGGCGGCCAGCACCAUCGUCAGCACGCUGUCCAAGCGCCACAACAGCACCAUCAUGCUGGCUGUCAUCGAGGUCAAAGUGGAGACGCAGGUCGUGCCUCAGUCUGUGGAUUACCUAGUGCCCGUGCUGUGCGUGGUCUUCUGUGCGCUCUGGGUGUUCUGUGUGAUCGUGUGCGUGUGGUGGACACGUAAGCGCCGAAAAGAGCGUGAGAGGCGUGCACCUGUGGAGGAAAGCGUCAACAACCAGUGGGAGCCACUGCGGCCGGUGACGCGGCAGCAGCACAAGGACAACCGCGAUGCCGAAUACGAGCGCACCAAGCUGAUGGGCAACGCCGAACGGGUGUGCAAAAGCAGUGAUGAAGAUCAGCUGGAGGAAGAGGAUGGCGAAGAAGAGGAAUUAGAAAUGUGCGAGGAGUGGUGUGGGACAGAGGGCGGCAAGAGGCCUAUGCAGAAUUACUCAAAAGCAACAGUGCAACUAAACAGCGAGCUGAUCUGCACCACACACAGCAGCAAUGCGCCCCUCAAAGCCCCCCACCGGACUGCCUGCAGCCUCAAAGGCAACCUCUGGAAAAACAAAAACAGCACCACUGACCAAGACCCCAAAGACCUGAAUGUAUAGAUGCUAUUGCACAGACCCGGACACAGAGAGAGGCUCUUUUUCUGACAAAGAAAACAACAGACUGUUGGGUUUAAAAGAGAGAGAGAGAGAGAAAUAAAGAGAUGGAGAACUUUUUUCCCACUUUUUCACCUUCUUUUUAUUUAAGUGGAGAUAUUUUGAGUUUGAGAUUUUCCCCUUGAUAUAUUUUUUAUUUCUGUACAGUUGAAGUGAAUUUGUUUUCCUUUAAAAGAAAAGGGGAAGAGAUGGCCACUUUUUUUUUUUUUUAUGUACUGCUGAAAAAAAUUGAGCAGGAAAUUGAGGAAAAACUCAACUGUGUAAAGACUUUUGUUGCUGUUUACAGAUGAUUCUGGUUUCGUUCUGUUGUGAGUGGCCUGUAUUUUGGAUUGGGCGUGCCACUGAAGUGCUUUGGCCCUAUAGACAGAAGUGAGAACUUCUCUGGAUUUUUUUUUUCCCCCUCCCUCGUUCAUCUCGCCACCUCUCUUCACUCCAUGCUUGCCUUACUCAGCUCGCAGGUCGGUGCCUGCGAAGUGGCCUUGUUUUUCUCUUGUGUCUGUUGUCUUGGCUGAACACUCCUUAAGCGAUAAAGGAUUGCAGUAUUUAGAGUUGGUAGCAAGUGCCUUCUGACAAGCCCGUUGCGUCUCUCGCUGCCGAGGUCAACCCCAAUAGAUCACAAAGGGAGCUUGUCUCCCGUUUUGUACCACCGAGGUAUUUGAUCAAAGAAAGAAAGAAAUCUGUAAAUAUUUGUACAUAGUAAAGGAGUCGCUGUGUAUAUUUGAAUUUAGUAAAUUAAGACAAGUCACACUUUUUUUAUUACUAUUAUAAUUAUGAUUGAAAUUAUUAUUAUUAUUAUUAUUAUUAUUAUUGUUAUUACUUGGGUUUAUAUUUGUUUUGUUUUGAAUUUAUUUUUUUUGUUUUUUUACAAUGCCAUUCCUUUUAUUUAUGCCAGUUGACAUAGGCAGGUUUUAUACAAGUAUACAGCAUCCCACAGUCAAAACAGUAAUGUAAUCAAAGUUCAUCUUUUUUUUUUUUUUUUUUUUUUAUGUUGUUGAUUUUUAUUUUCACCUUGACGCAAGUAAUUCUUUAAAUUUAGGUGGUUAUAUUGUGGCGUGUGUUUUUGCUUUUGUUUAAAAAAAAAAAAAUUAAUAGUAAUCCUCUGUGCCCCUUUCAGCAUCUUCCCUUCCUUGCUGUCAUAGAAUUCUGGAAACCUGCAGAAAUUACUGAUAUGUGUCGAGGCCUAUGGGGCCAAAUGCACCUUUGUUUUAUGGUGCUGCUGGUCUCUUCUAUGAUGUGAAACUCUUGUUUUGCUCAAUCUGGUUGCUCCUUCUUUUUUUUUUUUUUUUUUUUUUCAUGAAGGGAACAAAUUUUGUUGUAAAGCAGUUUGUGUUUGAGGUACCAAAUCCAAAAAAAAAAAAAAUGGAUUACCUCAGAAGUGGCUGAAUAAUUUUUUUUUUCCCUCACAGUUUCAUGUUGAAUAUUACUCUUGUCAGUGGCUUCUCACUGCCACAUAUAAGAGGAUUCAAAAUAAAAGAAUUGAAAUGUUAUCCUGAAUUAAUCUGAACAACUGGUAAAAUACUAGAUUAAAAAGUGUGUGCAUUAUGGGAAGGAAUCGGUCAGGGUCUAAAUGAUUUGAAAAACCAAAAGAACAAAAAAAAUCUUUUUCUUGCUUUUUAUUGCUUUGCAAAUGUUUGGUUUAUUUAGUCAGAUUUAUGUUUGUUCUUAGAAAUAAAUCAUACUAUUUAUUAAAGCAUUUUAUAUCAA